GAUACGUGCAGGGGCGCAUGUCACAUGAUUUUUAAAGUAACUCGCGCGACUCGAAGGGAUUUCAGCAACAGGCAGGUAAUGGCUGAUGAAAAUUAAUUAAAACUGCAACUAUUGUUUAUCUCGUCAUAAUUUAACGUAGACAAGAAAGAGAACGGUUUUCAUUCGAUUUAAGCAGGAGAUGGCGGCGACUUCUUCAAUGUUGGCCAAGUGCCAAGUACUGUACAGGCAUGCUGUCAAGUUGCAAGUCAUAAGGUGUAGGACGUUUUCAGACAAAGGAUGGUUCCGGUCAAUGUUUGUGCCCAAGAUGGAGACCAGGAAAGAUGCCCACUCCAACCUGCUGUCAAAGAGCGAGACCAGUGACCUCUACAAAAUGCAAUUUCACAAUGUCAAACCAGAGUGUCUGCAGAUAUAUAACAAUCUAGAGGCGGAGGUGCAGAGAAAGCUCCAUUUAGAUCAGGAUUAUCCAUGUGAGGUGGUAGGGAGCUGGAACACUUGGUACGGGGACCAAGACCAAGCUGUGCACCUAUGGCGGUAUACAGGGGGCUACCCUGCAUUGACUGAAUGCUUGACCAAAUUGAACAACAAUCAGGACUAUCUGGAGUUUCGUAAAGAAAGGAGUAAAAUGCUAAUCUCGCGGAGGAACCAGCUGCUCUUGGAGUUCAGUUUCUGGAACGAGCCAACACCCAGACCAGGACCUAACAUUUAUGAGAUGCGCUCGUACAGACUUAAGCCCGGAACAAUGAUCGAAUGGGGGAAUCAUUGGGCGCGGGCAAUCAAAUACAGACAGGAGAACAACGAGGCUGUCGGAGGGUUCUUCUCACAGAUUGGAGACCUUUAUCAAGUUCAUCAUCUCUGGGCUUAUAAAGACCUGCAGUCACGAGAAGAGACCAGAAACUCUGCCUGGCUGAAGGAAGGAUGGGAUUCUAGUGUGUUUUACACAGUGCCCUUGAUUAGAAGCAUGGAAUCCAGGAUCAUGAUUCCUACCAAGGGUUCACCUCUGCAAUAACCAGAGGACAGUGCUAUUUUUCUAUGGAUGAGCACAAUGUAUUGUACCCCCCACACCUCCAUCUCUCUGUUUCUAGGUGCUACACUAUUGACUCCUUCAUAUGCAGGAGCUCAAGAUGGAGCCUCCCUUCCACUGUCAUUACUGUGCUGAAUGUGGUGAGGGAUUUUAUUUAGUUGUUGAAGUAUUAUCUGUCAAUUGAAUUAUGCACCAAGCAAGAGAAAAUUGUUUGUGACUUGAAUCAGCAAGUAGCUGAGACUAUAGCUGCUGUUUGAAUAAAUGAACGGGUCUUAUUGAUAUAUAUGAUUUUGCAGCUUUAGUGUGUCAACAUAGGUAGGAAGGAAUCCAUGCUCAGGAAUAGUGUAUCAGGUAAAACUAACAUAUAGGUCAAAGUAAGAAAAUGUAAAUAUCUUCAUCAGCCAUCUGAAGAAGUCAAUUAGAAGCAAAAGGAGUCAGUUUUUUGUAAUAUGUAUUUUAUACUGUAUUUGUAAUUGAUUGAUUUGUUUUGUGAUUUUUUUCCUCCACGUUAAUCCAUUGAUCAAAAUUUGUUAUGCAUGUUAUUUAACCUGU